CGACCAUCACAAGGCACAAAGUUCAGAUGUCACCCAAAUAUCAAAACAUGAGGUUUGCAAUGACAUUGCUCAGUAGAACACCAUGACACUGCGCUAUGAUUAAAAGCGUUUUGGAAGAAAGGACCUCAGCUUCGAAAAAAACAUGGCGAGCUCUAUGGUGGCUGUGGGCCUGACACUGGCUGCUGCUGGAUUCGCAGGUCGUUAUGCCAUGCAAGCAAUGAAACAUAUGGAGCCUCAGGUUAAACAAGCUAUGAAAACUUUCCCGACUUUUAGUAGUGGGUACUACAAGGGUGGGUUUGAGCCCAAAAUGACCAAGAGGGAGGCUGCCUUGGUAUUAGGGGUCAGUCCAACAGCAAACAAGACCAAGUUAAGUGAAGCACACAGAAAGCUAAUGGUUUUAAAUCAUCCAGACAGAGGGGGAUCACCAUAUAUUGCUGCAAAGAUUAAUGAAGCAAAAGAUUUACUUGAUGGACAAGCAAAGAAAUAAACUUCUUUUCUGUAA